AUGUCUGAACCUACAAUUACUACCACUUCAUCAGAACGUAUCCCAGGAGUGAUAAUUGUCGGCGCUGGUAUCGGAGGUCUACUGCUCGGUACACUCUUGGAAAGACUCGGGUAUCCAUACCAUAUUUUCGAACGGGCUACCGAAUUGAGAUCAUUGGGAUCCGCAAUGACAUUAUCGGCAACAGUGUUACCAGUCUUUGAACAGCUUGGGUUGUUGGAUGAGCUUGAAAAGAUUUCAUACCCAUGUUACUCACAUGACUUUUACACACUCGACCGAGAACUCUUUAGCUCCAUCAAACUGGAUGAUCGAAAGAAAUUUACAGGAUACAGUGAUAUUAUUUUCUGUCGUCCACAAUUACAUGAGCUCUUACGGAAACAAGUGCCAGAAUACAAAAUCAGCCUUGGCAAGCGGGUGCUUCAGACAGAGGAAAUAGAUGAAAAAGUGUUAAUACAUUGUGCAGACGGGACUGCAUGGGAAGGCGAUAUCCUCGUGGGUGCUGACGGUGCUUAUAGUGGUGUCCGUCAAAGCCUAUAUAAGCGUCUGGAGGAGCAAGGCAUUGGUCUUCCAAAAGCUGACUCAGAGAACUUUUCGGUUACCAACCUCUGUAUGGUAGGAGUAGCAGAGCCAAAGGAUCCUGAGAAGUAUCCUCAACUCAAGGACGAGUUUUCUCAUUUCUCGUCGAUAUUUGGAGGCAAGGGAGUGUGCGGCGUAGUGAAUGUUCCUGGUCAACGUGUAUGCUGGUAUUUGUACCAACAGCUUACAGAAGCUGAGGCCAAGAGUCAACUGUUUCGAAGCUCAGAAUGGGGCCCUGAAUCGAUCGAUAGCAUGAUUAAUGAGUUCGCGGACAUUCCUUGUCCAUGGGGAGGUACUAUGGGUGAUAUGAUCCAAGCAACACCCAGGAACUUAAUCUCGAAGGCCUUUCUGGAGGAAAAAGUUUUCCAAACCUGGUUCCAUGGUCGAACUGUUCUCCUUGGCGAUGGCGCAGUGAAUGCGAUGCAUGAUGCGGUUGUGCUUGCCAACUGUAUCUAUAACAUGGAAGAUAACAGCUCUAAAAGCAUUACAACCGCCUUUCAGGAAUAUUAUCGUCAGCGUUACUCUCGCGCACUAGAUGCAUUCCAGAGAAGCUCUACAUGGUCCAAAAUCUCCUAUGGCCAGACAUGGAAGGAGCGGUUGUUACGCCAGGUGAUGAUGAACUACGUCCCAUACUGGGUAUAUAAAUGGAUGGAUGCAAAAGUGUUUGCAUACUGUCCUCAAAUUGCAUGGCUUCCACUUACCCCUGCUCGCGGCUCUGUGGUCAUGCUCCCCCAGGAAUGCAAGCGAAAAGAUGAUAAUGAAAAUGUCGUAGUAGUAUAA